AAAUUUUAACUUUAUAUGCAUUGGAAGAAUGAACCGCGGUAUAUUUUAAAUAAUUGAAUAGAAUGCGCAUGCGCUAAAGGUAGUUCGUGAUUGGCGAAACGAUGGAUACACGCAUCCAAAACAAAGACAAUAGAUGAAAGGAAACAUCAAGUAAACGAGUAGGAGAAAGAUAGAGACUACCAUGUUGCGCACGCAAACGAGAGCGAGAGAGAAAGAGACCACCACCAAUAUGAUUGCUCGAUCACUUGUUCUCAGUAGUAAAGCAAAGUUCGGCGAGAGAGUUGGUUUAUCGUACAUUUUUGGAGCGAAACACAAACUCGAGGGGAAAAGAAAUUUUUGUUUGUUAUAUCGUAACUGUGAGUAAAAAAUCUUGUGUCUCCGAAGAAUGGCGGCUACCAAAGACGACAGCACCGACAGUGUGCAAUUCUUCGAAGGAGUGGAGAAACUCCUUGAGAUUUGGUUCACAAGCAGCAGCAGCAUAAACAGAAAGCAGGGCGAUCUCAGGCAGAUUCCUCAUGAAAGUAGCAUGUUCCUAUCAAAACGUAGACUUAUUCUCAAAACAUGUGGUACUACUACUCCCCUUCAAUGUUUGGAGCCCCUUUUGGAACUUGUGAAAGAAUAUACUGGCUUCGAAGAAGUAGAGAAUGUGUUUUAUUCAAGAAAAAAUUACAAAAAGCCGGAGCUCCAAAUAUCUCCUCAUCAAGCAUUUGAAGAAGAAGUUGCUUUGCUUGAUACAUUCUUCCCUGCUGGAGAAGCUUAUUGCUUAGGUUCUGUAGAUUCAGAUUGUUGGUAUUUAUAUACUUUGAACAAAGAGAAAUCUGUAGAUGAACCCUCAGAACCAGAUCAAACUUUAGAAAUCCUAAUGACUCAUUUAGAUCCAGAAGUAAUGGCUCUUUUCACUAGAGAUGUAUGCUCUUCUGCUGAUGAAGCAACUCAAAAAUCGGGAAUUGAUAAACUUAUCCCAAACAUGAUUAUAGAUGAUUUUCUGUUUGAACCAUGUGGAUAUUCAAUGAAUGGAGUAUCUAAAAAUGGAAAUUAUAUGACUAUUCAUAUUACACCAGAACUAGAGUUCUCAUAUGUUUCAUUUGAGAGUAACAUUCCAGAAACUUCGUAUGAGGAAAUAAUACGACGUGUGCUAAACACAUUCAAGCCGAAAAAAUUUGUUGUAACCAUUUUUGCUAACAAAGAAUCAAUCGCUGCUAGUUGCCCACGUGACUUAGAGCAAACUGAUUAUCUGAAAGAUUCUGGUGAUUGGCUACGUACAGAUGUGCAAUAUUGCCGCUUCAAGAAUUAUGAUUUGACCUGUGCAUUUUAUUCAAGAUUCCCAAGCUGAGGGUUCAUAGACGCUUCAUUCGGACCUAACCAAUUAGGAACCAAUGAAGCGCUUAUUAAUAGUUCUACCAUUUCUCAAACUCCCUUUUCUUUUUCCGUAAAUGAAACAAACAAACAUAAUCAAUCUAUAAAACCUGAAAUAAUUUACAAAAAACCUGAUCUUGUAUCUCUUCAAUAUAUAAAACAUAAUAAUGAAGCAAAUUUUAACGCGUGCGCUAUACAAAAUUCAAUAAUUAUCCAAGAAAAAACUAUUACAACACCUACAAAUCCAGCAAUUAUAUCCACAUCUCAAUCCAUUAAUCCUAAUGUUUCUAUAAAAGAUAAACAUAUAAAUACAAACAGUAAUGAUUGUCACUCUCUACAAAAUCAUAUGGAUUUUAACAGAGGUACUAAUUCCUAUUCUGUGCGAUCAGUAUCGUCACCACAGUUAACAAUUAAACCCCUCACACGAUCAAAAGUUUAUAGAAAAACGUCUUUAAAAUCACUGAAUUUAUCAAAUUCCAUGUUAGAUCACAAUGUAUUUAAUCAUCGUAAGAGUAAUUUGACAUCAGAAGGUCGUAUAAUCAAUAUUUCUAAUUGUUCCAUCACCUCCACAGAUAAAAAGGUACCUUUUCCGUGUCUUUCGGAAUUGACUCAAGGAAAUGAUACAAAAGAUAAAUGGAAUAUGGAAGAGGUACAUAUUACUUGUAACCCACUUUCAACACCGUAUCCAUAUUCCACGCCUCACCAUAACAUUAUGAGCGAAACUGUAACAGAACCGCUAGACGAUGAACCGAAAAGUCGAAGCUGCGGAAAUUUUUUACCAAUCUUAUCGUUGAUUCCACAAACAGUCAUCAGCUUCCAAUAUUUAAGCCCAAAAAUGAAAUUUUCGUGGUGGAGAAAUAAGAUCUCGUGAAGGUACGCUUAAGUACCAUUUAGCACAAUUGUUGCCGGUGGUUUUGUAGCGCAAUUGUUGCUAGUGGUCUUGUAGCACAAUUAAAUGCUGUUUGGACAAACUCUAUGAAAACCACUUACCUCGUAGUGAGUUCCCAAUCUUCAUCAAUUAGAGGUAUCCUGUCAUCGUUACACUUAUAUGUCAGUCAGCCUAUACCUCUUUGCAACUAUAAAUAGGAUCAUACGGAAAGAACGCAUGCAAAUAGACUUUAAAAGCAUAAGUAGUUCCUUCACUCUAUAAAAACGUUUUGCACAAUGUACAACGACUUCGAAUCUUUUAGAAAUAUUGUCUAUAUUGUACAUUACGCUUCUAUUGGAUCCUCUAGUCCAUGAAGUUUUUCCUACAGUUUAUUAAUUUAUAAGUAGAAUAAAACAAGUAUUCUUGCUCCGUGUGAAAAAUUCUCUUAUAACUUCCUCUACUUAUAUCGAUAUUACUUAUAGAAAAUUCAUUUUAGAAAAAUUAAGAAUAUGGAUUAUGCAACAGUAUGGAUCUAAUUUCAAAUGAGAUGCGUCAAUAGUGUUAUAGUCACGUUUUCUAAAUUUAUUUUUGUUGUAAAUGAUUUUUAUUUGAAAAUUAAAGAUAUGUAUUUAAAAAAUAAAAUCUAUGUCAAAACUAUUUUGUAUGUAAAAAAAAAAAGAUUAUUUGCUUAAAUAUAUUUCUUUCAUAUAAAUAUAAAUGUUAAACGAGCAGCUCCUUUUAUAAUUUAAUAUGUUAUUUUUAAAACAAAAUUUAUUGAUCCAUACAAGCUUCUAAAAGUACUAGAUAUUUGAAUGUCGUAUUACAUCAGAGUAUAAUAAAAAUAUUCCAUGUGAAUAACUACUGUAUGUGAUAUUAUUAAAAAUAUGAAAAAUAAUACACCAGUUGGUGCUGUAAAAUGUUGAUAAUUUAGAUUAAUUCAAUUUCCUUACUAAAUUUAGAUUCAUCUUGUGGAAAAAACAUUAGGAUAGCUAAAACACUAUUAAUUAAAUCAUUCCUAUAUGCGUGAGUGUGUAAUAUUAUGUGCGAGCGAUGUCUGUAUAUAUGACAAGUCAAUUUCUUCUAAAAUUUUUAUUUCUCUAUGAGAAAUGUUUAUAUCUAUAAAGAAUCCAUAUUUUUAAAAAAAUAAUUUCUUCAAAUUUAUUCUUUUUUUUUAGAUAUUCAGAGUCUUUUUAUUAAAAGAAUAUACAUUUAUUUUUUCCUCUACUUGUUUCUUAUCUUAACAUUUCCUAUGUAAAAUCAACAUUCAUUUAUAAACGUACAUUGUAUGAAUGUUGUAAACAUUCAUUUAUAAACUUAUAUUUGUUUAAUUUUACACUUAUAUAACUUACUUUUUGUUUAUCAGCUAAUAAAUAUCAAAUUUUAUGAAUAUUCGCAGUGGCUCUUAUUAAUAUUGAAACACUAUAGUAUUCGAAAGAUUAUUAUUUUGUACAUUUAUUUAUAAUAGCGUUUUCGAAUUUUUUAAUGUUAAAACGAUUAUUGUAAUUAACAAAAAUGUAAAAAGCGGUAAGUUAAAUAAUGACAAUUUAAAAUCGCAAAAAGAUUCGGAUAAUGGACAAGUCACAUUAAUUUUAUUUUUUAUGUAUAAUGUAUUUAUCUGAGUUAUGUAAAAUUAUAUAUAAAUUUAAUGUAAUUUGUUUAUUAUCUAGAUUGUUUUGUAACUUCAAACUUCAGUA